AACCAACCAACAACAACCUAUGUAAUGAUGUCUGUCACUCUUACGAUACGGGAGUCAAAGGGUCCAGGAAAGACAAAAACAGAUUGCUUGAUUGAUUAUGAAACAUGAUACCUUGUGCAUGUACUGUGUUUUUCUAUUUUCUUUAUGUUUUGUUGUUUUGGAUCAUCUUUCAGUCUUAAAGCUGGACUUGGGGCGGCUGUCUGAACAUUACAUUUUUAUUUAUAUUAACAAAGUUCAAUCUGGCGUUGACUUUUCUUUUUCAACUUCGAAUUUCCCAUCUGUACUUAUUUAUUUGCCCUCCAUAAAGCAGGCUUAAUGGGUAACGGUACUUUAUUCCUUUCUUUCCUUUCAAUUCGAUUCCAUAUUUCAUUCAAGUUCCAAAUCUGACUACAACACUGACUAUAUUCGUG